AAAAGAACUACAUAUCAAUUUUUCAAUAAAGUAAUAAUUGCAAAAAUGUAUUUAUAAUCUGUUAAGGGUAUAAAUUAAAGAUAUAGUGAUUUACAACUGUUAAAAGUGGAAUUAAUUGAAAAUUCAUAAAGAAAAACAAGACUUUUACUGAUAAUUUUUUCGAAAUAUUCAACACCAAAUUAUGAGUAGUGGGUUGAUCUCUCACGAACAAAAGCCUCUCACUUUAUUUAGUGCAUGUACACGUGGCAACAUGUGAGAGCGACAUCCGUAAUAACAAAAAAUGAUAUGACAUUAAUUUAUCGAUGAAAUGACAGUAAUACCCUUGUAACAUCAUCUUGUCCAACUCCAUGAGACACUGACCUGAACCAUCACUUCUGAGAGAGACUUCUUCAGAUCACAGAGGGGAAAAAUUUUAUAGAGAGAGAAAGAGAGGAGAGAGAAAGACAGAUGACGCUGGGGUCGGAGACGCAGGCAUAUGGAGAGCCCUCAUACUGGGACAACCGUUACGCACAAGAGCAAGGGCCUUUCGAUUGGUACCAAAAGUACCCAUCUUUGGCUCCUCUCCUCCACCUCUACAUCCCUCGUCACCACCGUGUCCUCGUCGUCGGCUGCGGAAAUUCUGCAUUUAGCGAAGGCAUGGUUGACGAUGGUUACGAGGAUGUUGUCAACAUUGAUAUAUCCAGUGUGGUGAUUGAUGCUAUGCAAAAGAAAUGUAGUAAUCGUCCACAACUGAAAUAUAUCAAAAUGGAUGUCACAGAUAUGAGUACCUUUCAAACAGAUUCCUUCGAUGCCGUUUUUGACAAAGGAACCCUAGAUUCUCUGUUGUGUGGCCAUAAUUCACGGCAAAAUGCUGGUAAGAUGCUCGAGGAGGUUGCAAGGGUCCUCAAGGACAAAGGAGUUUAUAUACUGAUUACAUAUGGAGCACCAAAUUAUCGUGAACGCUUGUUGCGAGAUGCGUGGUCAUGGACAAUAAAGCUACAUGUGAUAGAGAAACUUGUAUCAGAAGGAAGCUCCGAACAUCAUAAAUGGGACCUAACUUCUCCUCUUUCAUUGGAUGAUGAUGGGAGCUCCGUGGAAACAGUUCUUGGAAAGAACCCUGAUGUUCAUUACAUUUAUGUAUGUACUAAGGAUGAUUCUUUACGGCCAGGCUUGACGCAUGAACCGGCAGCUGUUUGAAGUAGUAGAAGGGUAUUUCUGUCAUUUGUAACAUGAAUUUUUAUGCUCUAGUCAAAUUGGUGAAUAUCUUGUGAUUGAAUAAUAUAUUAUGUAGCUUACAUAUAUGGUGUCUAAUUUGUACUUAAAAUGUUGCCAGUCGCAGUUCUCACUGGAUAUGUAAUAAUGUUUACAAUGCCACCGUCAGGUGAAUUGUAAUUGGACCGGUUCUGCUAUAAUGGUUCAGUUUCGAAAUUUUUCAUGGAA